CAUGUGACUCAUAUAGUAUUGGUACCAUACCAUACUGCCCCACCAUCAGGUUGCAACUUUUGGCUAGCUGUCAAAAAAUUAUUGAAAAUUUUUCACAGACCGCGGUCGCCAGGAAUCGUCGUCGUCCAGAUCGCAAAACUCGCCAAUAUACGUAUCGGUCGGUGAAUGCAGAAAGGAGAAUAAAUUAAGUUAUUAAAAUUUAUCAAUAGAAGAAAUCAGUGUCCACGAGGCAAGCCGAAUAGAGCGGAAGUGUAUGGAAAAGAGAGCGACGUCGUAAUCACAAAACGGGGUGAAUAAAGAAGAAAUAAAGUUCUAUGUCGGAUAUCCAAAGUGAGUGAACACAGAGAGCAGCACAGAAAAGAAAUAAGAAGUCCAUCGCCAGCAAAAGCUACAACAAAAAUCAAGGAAAAGUGGAGCAUCAAAGUGGAUCAUUUCUAGAGCGUUGUGUGGAGCAGUGCCAGCAGACGAAACAACCAGCCAGCAGAAGCUAGCCUUCGGAUUUGUCCCGAGCACAGAUUCCACCGCCAGUCGCUUCCUUCUGGAUUCAGCCAGGCGAUCCAGCAAACGACGCCGCCGAAGACGACGCCACAACGCUGUUCAUCUUUUUCAUGAAAUCGGGUCGAUAAUCGUCAAGAUGGAGUGCAAAUUGAUUUCACGAUAUUCGCCACUACUCGUGCUAUUCUUAGCAUCACUAGUAAAUGCACAAACAGGUCAAAAGACGGCGAAAACGUUAGCGAAAUCGAUUCGCUUCGGGAUCGUUACAAAAUCAUCAAGGAAGAACGCAAGUUCAUCAUCAGCAGGGCACUCGAAUCCGAUGCCGGCUCGUACACGUGUAGCGUGCGGGCGCUGAAUGCGUCUAGAACUUUUAAUGUAGUAGCAAAUGUUAUUGUUAAAUUUGAAAGCACAGAAAUAGGAAAAACAAACAUGGUGGAGGGCGAGAAGCUUUCCCUUCACUGCGUUGCGUUCGGAACGAAUCCCAAGAUUACCUGGACAGUCGGCAACGCCACCCUCAGCACGAGUACAGAGCAUAUCGUGCUGGAAGAAGACGACAAGGGCGUCGAGAACGCCCGGUUAACCAUCGAGAGCGUCCUGCUCAGCGACUACACCGACUACACCUGCGAGGCUCGAAACAACGCCACAGACAUCACGGGUAAACCGGCACAAGUCACGAUAACCGUUAGGAUUAGAGGAAAAUAUGCCGCGCUUUACGUUUUCUUGGGUAUUAUUGCCGAAGUUGUUGUAUUAUGUGCGAUUAUUUUAAUAUGCGAAAAACGACGCAACAAGACAGAAAUCGAGGAAAGCGACACCGAUAACAGUCCAGAUCAGGAAAAGCUGAAGAAGUGAUCUUCUCCAACCACAUCCAGCGCCAUCACUUUUGUAAAUAGAGUAUAAACAAUCAAAACGCCAACAUUCGAAACAAACAAGCCGAUCACACUCUCCAGCCAGCGUCGACUUACAUAGGCGAACCAUCAAUAAAGUUCAUCGCUUAUUUGAUGACAUUUCCUCUGCAUAACUUCUCAUGUCCUUGAAACAACUGUCCACUGGCCACAACAUAAAGCUUAAAAAUUAAACACCAUGAAAAUACACUAGUCAUCAAGUGCGAGAUUUUGCGACAAAUAUUCCUUUACUGUUUCAACGGAAUUGAUGAAACUGAGAAGUGGCGCCAGGGUACUUUACAAUGUCUAGAAAAAAAGAUCCGUAUCGCCAAUCAUCGGCGGUUUAUGGAAAAUUUACACAGCCUUUUCAGUGUUUUGAAAUGCCAGAAUAAUCUUUUCUUUUGAUUUAUCCAAUUUUAAUAAGAAAGUUAAAAUCAGAGGAGCACCAAUCGCGAUUCCUCUACGGUAAUAUAUCUUUAAAAUAUCGUUUCUAAAGACCACACUAAUUUAAGCUAUGUUUAAGUUUUACCAGAUGGUGAAAAUUAAUUUUUCUCACUCCAUUUCGUUUACUAUAAGAACAAUAAGUUAAUUCCCUUACCACAAGAUUUAUUCAAUUGUUUCGCCACCAAGUGUUUGCUACCAACCGUAUUGAAAAAUGACUUCUGAUUUGAAAGGUAUUUGGACAACCUGGUAUCAAUCAGGUUUUACGUUGAAAUAAAAUAACUCCGGACCUUGCUCGACGACGCCGAAUUGCUUUAAGUAGUCGAGAAAAAUGUUAUAGUAGUAGAUAACUUAUGAAACUUCUAAAAUAAAACCACUAUGAUCUAUAAAUACUAAAUCUUAGAAGCACUCUAUUUUCAAACAUUGUUACAAAAUGAUCAAUAAAGCUUAAUUUUCUCUA